AGUAAUUCCAUCACACAGAGAGCUGGCGGUGACGACCCCCAAGCCCGGCUGAGAAUGGAUCCACAGAUGUCGGGAGCCGCUGCUCAGGACAGUUUGCGAGUGUCCAUCACCAGGCGAGACUGGCUUCUCCAAGAAAAGCAGCAGUUACAGAAAGAAAUUGAGACCCUCCAAGCCAGGAUGUCUGUUCUGGAAGCAAAAGAUCAACAGCUGAGAUGGGAAAUAGAGGAGCAGCAGCGGCUUCUCCCGUGGCAGGGCUGCGACCUCGUGGGAGGACUGUCCCUGGGCGAGCUGCAGGAGGUCACCAAGACCUUGCAGGACACCCUGGCCUUGGCCGAGCAGAUUCCCCUCCGCGCAGAGCCACCUGAAACCAUCCGGAGCCUCCAGGAAAGGAUAAAGUCCCUCAGCUUGUCACUUAAAGAAAUCACUGCUAAGGUGUGUAUGAGUGAACGACUCUGCAGUGCCCUGAGAAAGAAGGUUAACGAUAUUGAAACCCAACUGCCAGCGUUGUUUGAAGCCAAAAUGCUUGCCAUCUCAGGAGGCCAUUUCUGUACAGCAAAGGAGCUGACGGAGGAGAUCGGAUCUUUGACACUGGAGAGGGAAGGGCUGGAGGGACUUCUCCACAAGCUGUUGGUACUGAGCUCCAGGAACGUCCAAAAGCUGGGAAGUGUGAAAGAAGCUUACAGCAGACUCAGGCAAGAACUGGACCAGGGGAGAACUGCCUAUGGUAAGUGGUCACACGCUUGCCCGAUGAAAUAUGUGUGCUAUUUAUUGUACGGCUUCACAUGUACCCUUUACUGUGAAGGCUGUCCUGGAGCCACACAGGAUGUUUUUGGCAGGAGCCCUAGAAAAUAGGGCACAAUUUCUGUCAGCGUUUGCUUUGCUAUCAAUCUGAUGCCUUUUCAUUUCCUGUCUUUCCUCCUCCUCGACUCUGUGCUUGCUAAUGGCCUUGUGAUGGCUUGAAGCAAUCUCCACCUUGGCACAGGCCUUGAG